ACAAUCGCUUGCUUUUCGACCAGUCAGUCAGUCAGUCAGUCGGUGUUUUGAUUGUCAAUCGCGCGCAACCAACCUGUUCGUUGUGGGGUAUUCUGUUGGUCUCCGUCGCCGUUCGAGAGUUUAGAGAAGGAUUUUUCACUUGCAAUGUUACGGCGGAUUUUGAUGAUCUAUUAAAUUGGGAGGUAUUGUGCUGUUUUGUGUGAACGUUCAGAAAGAUAAUUAAAGUGUAGACGGUUUUUUCGGUUGACAUUGUUUGGUGUUGCCAGUUUUUUUUUUGUCUGGAAAUAAUCUUUCGGAAGCAACAGUUAAGGUUGGGAUGGUGGUACCGUGAAGUGAAACUGUGAUUCAUCGGAGUAGAUUGUUGGUUUGGUGUUAGGAAAGCACUCACUAUUUCGUUGUGUGAUCGUUUGAAAGAAAACAUUCAAAAUUCCGCCACUAGCGAUAAUGUCGUCCACAACGCACGAGGAGGAAGAUCAGGACCACGAUCAGGAGAUUAACGUGGACGCGGAUUCGGACUCGCACUCGCGGAUGUCGUACAACAGCGGCGGGUCCGAGGAUAUUGACCUGGACGGGAAUGGGAGCUCGUGCUACGAUGAGUCCGAUAUUGCUAGCGAUCACCUGACCCGUUCGGAGCACACGACAACACCGACGACUCGAUCGCCCCACGAGAACCUGACCUUCAGCAUAUCCCGGCUACUGUCGAAACCGUACGAAAAAGCCGCUCAGCACAACAACCACCAGCACCACAAAGACCGGGGGGACCAGCUGUCCUCGGAGGAGGGCGACAGUCAAAAGAACGAACAUCACAUCACCGUCAGCGGGCUGCACUAUUCGGCCGGGGCCCUGUACAGCUAUCCGAUGUACCCGGGAGCGGCGGGACAUGUCCUACGAGUGCCUCCCCAGCGGGGACCGUGUAAUCCGCUGAGCUGGUCGCUGCCUCCGCUACAUCCGGCCGCACUGGCCCACCAGGCCGUCAAGGAUCGGCUAGCCGACAGUUCCACUUACGGACGGGGUACAACCAAUCCAUCGCGCGAUAUUCGACGCUACACGAAGCCAGCAGGUCGGUUUCUGCCAUGCAUCGUCGUCGUAGUUUCCCCCCGAGCCCAAAGAAUGCCCGAUAAUAAUCGAUUGUGUGCCGAUCAUAUGGGCGAUAUUACCACCCAUAGAGGCUUUAUCCUCAUCAUCAUCAUCAUCAUCGUCGUCGUCGUCUUAGUUGCCGCCGUAAAUAUGAAGAUGGUGACGACAAAGGCGGCGACAUCGUAG